AUGGGCAAAAGAAUGUUAUGUAUUGUUUUCCCCCUACUAAUAUAUUUUAAUUAUGUGUUGCAUAGAACGUAUGGUUAUAUAAUAGGUGAUGUGAAGGUACAUCAAUUGAAUAAUAUAAUAAAUAAGAGAAUUAUAAAAAGCCGAAAAAUAAGUAUGUUUAAAAUAAAUUUACAAAAUGAUUUUAAUUAUGAAAACAAAAGGUUUUAUAAUAAUAUGAACAGAAAUGUAAUGAAUGAGAAAUCAUUAAAUAAAAUAAUGUUAAUAGGAAGAGUAGGAUGUGAACCAGAUAUAAAAAUUUUGAACGGAGGAGAUAAGGUAGCAACAUUUAGUUUAGCAACAAAUGAAUUUUGGAGAGAUAGAAAUACUAAUGAACUAAAAUCGAAAACUGAUUGGCAUAGAAUAGUUGUAUAUGAUCAAAAUAUUGUUGAUUUGAUAGAUAAAUAUUUAAGAAAAGGUAGAAGAGUUUAUGUACAAGGAUCAUUACAUACAAGGAAAUGGCAUACUAAUGAUAUGAACAGUCAACCGAAACAAAUAACAGAAAUUAUUUUAUCAUAUAAUAAAGGAGAUUUAAUAUUUCUUGAUGAUAAACGAAAUUUUAAUCAAAGAAAUAAUUCAAAUAAUAUAAAUUCAGAAAAUCAACAACAUAUUAAUAAUGAACAUAUAAAUAAUAAUAAUAUUAAUAAUGGUAAUGAUUUUAUGCCCUUAAAUUCAAAUGAUAAAAUUAUAGAAGAUAAAGAAUUUACUGAUAGGUUAGAUGAUAAUAAUGAAGAAAAUAAUUUUCAAUCGAAUAGUGAGACAUUUGAUAAACAGGAGGGAAUUUAUGACAAAAUGAAUGUCCAAGAAUUUGAAGAAUGA